GGUUUGCGCUACACAGCAGACUUCAGGAGAUUCCCGUCGCCCUGAGACACUCUGCACAGCAACAGGUGCUAUGCUGCAUUCAGGGAACGUGUAAGAAUCGGAUUCCUUCAUAAUCUUAUGAAAAAAAUCGUCUUUUCUCAGCUUUAAGCUGAAUAAAAGUAUUAUAAAACAUCAUAAUUUUAUUUAUGAAAGAAGAAAAACCAUUCACAGAAACAAGGUUUUACACUUUUCAAAUUUUGAAACAUGUGUAAGCUGCUAUGACAGUGUCCAUGUUUUGUCACCGAGUAUUUUCUGCGCUAUUGAACGCCUCACAGACCCCGCCUCUGUAGUCGCUGACCUCUUCUGAGUACUUUCGAGUUUUAGACCCGCUGGGUGUAAACGGCGAAGUUGAACUCUUGCAGUCAGGUCGACAGCCCUCCUAGGAGGUCUCUCUGUUCCCCUCCCUGUAUUUAGUUUUCGGUUCAGGUGGACGCUCCACAUAUCCACUGUCAGGAUGUCUCCGUCCACGUCCCCCCGGUUGUUCACGGAGUGGGAGGUGGCCCGCCACUGCACUAAGGAGUCCUGCUGGGUGCUUUUGGGGACCAGGGUGUAUGAUGUGACCGCCUUCUUGCGGAUGCACCCGGGCGGAGAGGCGCUGAUACUUCGCCGGUCGGGCAAGGACGUGAUCCAGGAGAUGGAGGGACCCCCGCACCGGCACUCGGAGAACGCCCGGCGGUGGAUGGAGCAGUACUACAUCGGGGAGUUGGACAGAGACAGCGGCACCGAGGAGGCACAGACUCUGAGAGAGAGGAGGAAGGCCGACGAACAGACAGGAAGAGAGACGGCAGAGAAGACGACAGACAUGAAGGUGAAACAGGAGGAUGAGAACUCCCCGUACAACCGCUGCAGCUCUGUGGACCUGGACAAGGAUUUGGUGGACUGGGGGAAGCCCUUGGCGUGGCAGGUGGGCCACCUCGCAGAGAAAUACGAUGCGUGGGUUCACCAGCCAGUAGACAGACCAAUUAGACUGUUUGGAAACCCCUUCAUGGAGGCCAGCACCAAGACUUCCUGGUACUGGGUACCAGUGGUGUGGCUUCCUAUUGUGUUUUAUCUCAGUUGGAACUCCUACGCCUCCCUGGCAAAGGGCACCACAAGGAUAGCCCUCACUUCAGACUUCUCUGUCCCAGUCCAUAAAUAUAUUUUCCCACUCCUCUUUUUGAUGGGCUGGUUCUUGUGGUCAUUCAUCGAGUACUGCAUUCAUCGCUUCGUCUUUCACAUGAAACCACCUGCCCAUAACUACUACCUCAUCACGCUACACUUCCUCCUGCACGGACAGCACCACAAGUCUCCGUUUGACGGCUCUCGGCUGGUCUUCCCCCCUGUCCUGGCCUCUUUAGUGGUGGGAAGUUUCUAUGCAAUCCUGUGCAGCACGCUCCCAGAGAUCCUUGGGACAUCUGUGUUUGUCGGAGGAUUGUGCGGCUACGUCGUGUACGAUAUGAUCCACUACUACCUUCAUUACGGCUCGCCAAAGAGAGGCUCAUAUAUGUACAACCUGAAGGCCUACCACGUCAAACACCACUUUGAGCACCAGAGAGCAGGUUUUGGAAUCACCUCCACGUUCUGGGACCACCCCUUCAACACAGUCAUCCCUGAUGAGAAAUUUUAACGCAGAAACAGCUCUCCUGAAAGGGCACAAGACUUGUCAACCACCUUCUUUUAUAACCAGCCCACAUGCUAUAACCACGCUGACAUCAUUAAUUCAGUCUCUGCAGCCAUAGCUUCCACAACCAAGGAAGAAGAUCUACUUCUGAAGACUCCUGGGCGCCUGCAGCUAAUCCAUCCGUGCAAACUGUAGCGCAUAUCAGCCUCGCUUUUCAAUUUCAGCCGUCGACACAUUCUUUUCUUCUGCUCGGUCAUGUGUGCGUUUGUCAACCAGUCUGCACCAUUUCCUCAACACAGUGUCUCUGAACAGUUGCGAGGCCUUUCUGUGCUAUUUUUAUAACUAAACCACAGCUCUCACUGCUCUGACUCACCAGCCACGUCAUCACCUGAUCGCCAGUCACAACAUUUUAAUAUUCAGCUAAAAGUUGGGCCAUAGAGAGAAAGGGAGGGACAUACACACACACACACACACACACACACACACACACAAAAGUGUACAACUAUGUCUUUUGACUGUUAUGGUUUAUUUUCAGGAAGAAGAAUACUGUACAUCUUGUUCAAAAACUCAAAAAAUACUCAAAACACAAUCUGUUUUUCCGGGUUUCUAAACAUUUGCCAAUAGCACAACACAAAUGGAAAUGUGCACACAAACACAAUCAAGCACUUUUCCUCGAUUCCCUCAGAGAGGCAGAGAGGGGAAAAGGAAGUGAAAGAUGGUCGGUGAAUGUGGAAGACAGGCGGAGAAGAAAGUGGUUGAGAGAGUGAAAGAGAAAAGCGUGUGACAGAUAAGAGUGUGUAGAGACUGUGAGUGACAGAAACCCCCCAAACUGCAUCAUCUCACCAGGUGAACUAACUCAGGAAAAAAACAUUUUUUUUUUUUUAGCUUUCCUCCACUCUGUCUGCAGCUUGAAUUUUCCUUGUAUUGUCUUCACUGUCACUGCUCUCUUCUCCGCUGGCCACUAAGCUACCGAGCUACGCUGCUACAUGAUGUUACAUUGCACGCUUGUAACAGUUGACAGAAGUUCCCUCCACCACGUUUGGUCUCACGGUAGUUUCUGGUAACAGAGAACAUCUGUUUUCAGAUAUUUGAACAUGCUGAAAUUCAUUCGACAGUAUAGAUUUAACUUAUUAAUUAUCUGCAAAGCUGCAGAAGGGAGAUUUUAACGUAGGCCGCUGAUGCCGUGCACUGUUAAUGUCGUGUAAAGCAGAGUUCUAAAUGUUUGAAACUACUGUGGAGAUAUAUUUUUGCAGGUUUGUGGUAAUAUUUCCUCCGUGUCCUUCUUUUUUUUGUCAUUAAAGAUAAAACAAAGAUGUAAAAAGCUAUUUUGUAAUACGCCUUGUACAGAAGAGGAGAUUCUUUGAUUGCACCAGCUUUAUGUUAUCAAAGUGAACGGAUGUUUUUUAGACAGAGGACGGUGAACGUGUCUGUGGAUAGAUAAUGAUGCAUCUAGAUGUAACGGUGGAAGGACGUUAGAGUGUUGUCAUGGUGACAGAGGGACAGAGCUGAAGGCAUGAAGCCAGCCUGUCACACUUCCUGCUGUGAGCAUCUCGGGGUCAAAGGGCUCAGAGUCAGAUAGGUAACUGAAGUUUUGUGUUUUAAUGUGGAAAUCGAUAUUUUUUAAAAGUAAUUGGUCUUAGGACCCUUGGGUCUCACUGCAUCCAUUCGAAUCCACUGGUGUAUUUGGCCCCGCAGAUCCUCGCAGGAUGACGAUCGCUGACGCAUCUGACUGGACAGCAGGAGGUUUUGAUAGCGACUGGCGGAUCCUCAAAAUGUCUCCUCCUAACACCCGACAGCAAUACUGAUAACUAAAGCAGAACAAAGUUAAAUUCAGACAAUUUCCGUGACUUAUAGAGAACAGUGAGAAUAUUCUACUACUGCCGAAAAUCAUUUUUUUUAUCAACUUUUAUAGUUUGAGGAAAGACUCCCGCUUAAUUAUUGUACAUAUAUUCUUACACAUGUAAAAUAACAACAUGCAACAUCUGUAUAACCACUUUUGAAGAAGAGAAAAAUGUUGACAAUACUGUAUGGUGAUAUCCAUUAACAUAUGCAGGGCAGCAAUAAUGAAGUCUUCAGGUAACCUGUUCGCAGGUUGUGUCACCACAACACAGUUUCUAAUAUAACCAGUUGAAUAGGUCUGUCUAGGGCUUCUACAGGGUCGAGCCACAACUGAUUUAGUACCAAAUGUGUCUUGUGUUCUACAUCACGUCAGUUAAUGUAAAACCAUAACACUGGUCUGAGAGUCUGCACUGCACAGUGUCGUUUGUGAUGAAUAUUCAAAACAUCGUGGAGAAAGAAUUCAGACUUUUGUAAAAUGACUAUGUACCACAGAGGCACAGACGAUGCUUCAGAAAGAACCAAAAUAUAUAUAUAUUUUUAAUGUCUUAAAUGAUGGUUGAGAUAACGAUCACCACAAUAUUGAUGAUGAUGAUGAUGAUGAUGAUAUACAAUGAUUGUGAUGGCUGCUUGGCAAAGUGAAACAAACAUACAUAGAGAUCUUAUUUAUGGAUAUUUAUGUGAUAACGAUGAAAACAACAGUUUGUACGCUUUGAUUCUGAGGAGUUCUUCUUGUGCUAAAUUAUGCAGCGUAAAACAAUGUUUCUUAAAUCUGUUUACUAUAAUAUCUUAUAACUUUUAUUUUGGAAUUUUGAAUGUCUAUGCAAAUGCAACUGUAUCUGUAAAUAAAUGUCUGUAUAUUUCUGAUGUUGGUCUGUCCUGUACUGUUUGUUUGAUCCCUGUUUAUUACACA